CCGUCCAAUCAGAGCCAGCCAUCUGUUCCCAGUUUAGAGGCGAGACUGAGCGAAAGAGAGCAGCGCACAGUGAUUUAUGCAGAGUAUAUAUAUUUUACUGCAAAGAUGACAGCGUUAUCUCUACUGGUUAUGGCCGUGUCCAUCGCUUUAAUAACUGCAGAAUCAUCUGUUUAUUUCCGAGAGCAAUUUGAAGACGGUGACACCUGGAGGAGCCGAUGGGUGGAAUCCAAGCAUAAAUCAGACUACGGGAAGUUUGUCCUCUCUGCAGGCAAAUUUUAUGGCGAUGCCAAGAAAGAUAAGGGUCUUCAGACCAGUCAGGAUGCUCAUUUCUACGCGCUGUCAUCCCGCUUUGCUGAUUUCAGCAACAAGGAUCAGCCCCUCGUGAUCCAGUUCACUGUAAAACACGAGCAGAGCAUUGACUGUGGUGGAGGCUACAUCAAACUUUUCCCAUCAGACCUCAAACAGGAAGAUAUGCAUGGAGACUCCACAUAUAAUAUCAUGUUUGGUCCUGACAUCUGUGGCCCUGGAACCAAGAAAGUACAUGUAAUCUUCAAUUAUAAAGGCAAAAAUCAUUUGAUCAACAAAGACAUUAGAGCCAAGGAUGAUGAAUACACCCACCUGUACACGUUAAUUGUCAAUCUUGACAACACUUAUGAAGUCAAGCUUGAUAAUAAGAAGGUAGAGUCUGGAUCUUUGGAAGAAGACUGGGACUUCCUGCCUCCCAAAAAGAUCAAAGAUCCCGAAGCGAAAAAGCCUGAGGACUGGGACGAGAGGGAGAAGAUCGAUGACCCUGAUGACAAGAAACCAGAGGACUGGGACAAACCCGAGAACAUCCCUGAUCCUGAUGCCAAGAAGCCUGAUGACUGGGACGAUGAGAUGGAUGGGGAGUGGGAGCCGCCCAUGGUCACCAAUCCAGAAUACAAGGGUGAGUGGAAACCCCGCCAGAUUGACAAUCCUGCUUACAAGGGGAAAUGGGUGCACCCUGAGAUUGAUAACCCGGAGUACACAGCUGACAACGAAAUCUAUAACUACGAUAGCAUCGGAGUGAUUGGACUGGACUUGUGGCAGGUGAAAUCUGGCACAAUUUUUGACAACUUCCUCAUUACUAAUGACCCUAAGUUGGCAGAAGAGGUUGGCAAUGAGACUUGGGGUGCCACAAAGGAUGCUGAGAAGAAGAUGAAGGAAGGUCAAGAGGAGGAAGAGAGAAAGAAGCAUCAGGAAGAGGAAAAGACAAGAAAGGAGGAGGCAAAGCAUGAAGAGGAAGAAGAAGAUAAGGAAGAGGAGGAAGAGGAAGAGGAGGAGGAAGAGGAAACAGACUCUAAACUCAAAGACGAGUUGUAGAUUUCAACAGGAACUUGUGAAGAAAUGCCCCAUGACUAAUGGGGUACAAGGCAGAGAACUGGACUAAUGCUGGACAUUCCUUUUCGUUGUCUGUCGGAUGAUUCCGGCAGGAUUGAUUUUUUUGUCUCAUUCCACUACUACAAACCUAUUUUUAGAUUAACUUUUUUUCAUCAUUUUCAUUUGCAUGAUGUCAAGCAAAGUCCCAAGCAUUUUCAGUCGGGCAGGGUUGAAGGCAGCCAACAUGAAAAUCCCCAUCUGUAGUGUGAGAUACCACGAUCCAUAAAAAUUCAACGCUCAUGUUUACAAAUGUCAGAUAUCCUGUUUGCUAAGCAAUUCUGUGACAUGAAACUUGAAUCAUAAGCUACAAUACACUAGAAUACUUACCUCAAAAAACAUUAUCGUUAUCGAUUUUGUUGAUAAUAUGGAGCAAAUUUGAGGUACUGUUGCCGCCAUUUCGUUCCCAUUGCACUUCUGUUACAGAAUAUGCCAGGUUGUUUAGAUAGAUGUCAUCUCAUCUACAGCAUUUUGGCUUGACACAGUUUUGCGUGUGUGAGUUUGUGAGAGAGAGUCCUCACUUUAUUGCAUGUUUCAUCUUAACCCAAACCUCAAUUUCAUUACCUUUUCCUCGCUCUUAAUAUCAAUCUAUCAGUGACCAGGUUAAAAUCUUGGUCGUGUACUUUCCUAAACACUAUGUGGAUCUCACAAGCUGAUACAAUUUUGAUCUUACCCUGGUCAGCAAGCAAAUUCCGACUCACCUGGUUUCUCAAGAGUCAAAAUGAAGAAUUUCCAUGUCUGACUGACUGAAUAUUUGGGGAAAGUGAAUUAAUAUCAACAACGAUUUCUCUGAGUAGCUGCAAAACUCUUGUGUGUUUGCUUUGGUUCUUUUCAUUAACUGAAUUGCUGAUUUAUUGAAUUCGGCAAAUAUGGUAAUCGGGCCGAAGCUGAACCUGUGGAGUGAGGAAAAAUGGAAAGCUUGUGAGAUUUCAAAGGGUGUUACGAGGAAAGUUCCAUAGCGAUUCUAGUAACACUUCUGCUCUCCAACAAGAGAUUUCACAGCCAUUGUGAAUAUUGCACUGCUGUACUGCUUCAAUCAGAUACUUCUCCCAGCAAAACAGAUUGUGACCUUUUUUUUUUUUAAAGAUAUAUUUUGUACUUUUUGUGUUUGAAGGACGUUCCUUGACAUAUUGAGAAGUAAAGCUCUAGUAUGAA